AUGAGAGUAGGAAACAGUUACUUCUGUUUACAGGAAAUCGCCUGGAUAUCUGCUCCACUGCUGAUCAGCGCCAAUGUCUUCCUGCACGCAUGCAUCCGAAAAAUGGAGUUGGGUGUAUUGCUGGUCUCUGGUGGGAUCUUCGGUUUUUUCCUUCUGUCUGGUAUCUCGCUUAGUAUUUCUUUAUACAUUAUUCAUUCUCGUGCCCUUGGACGGAAACAAGCCAAGUAUCUUACUCCCUACAUUUUCAACAAACUCUUUCGAAUCGUUGUUCUUGGGACAUUGGCAAUCGUCAUCCUCGUGUCGCCGCAGUUGAUCAAGACCUACUUCUACGCGAGUGUUUAUGCCAUGUUUGAGUGUAUAGCUGGUAUUGUUGCUCUUGAGGUGGGCUUCUUCUUUAUUUGUAGUUUUCCAAUUGAGCCGUUGAAUUCGGAAUUCAAAGGUCGUUUUCGUGACAGAGUAGUCUACAUACUACUCCCUUCAACAUAA